CACAUUUUCCCCAACUCUUUUUGCACCCGAUCCAAAGCGUUCCUUUUUUUAUUUUUUUUUAUUUUUCUCUUAAUUUCUUAUUUUAAACAUGUAAACAUUGAGAGCCCUCUUUAAGGUAAAAGCCAUAUAAUGAUGAUGAGGUUUUUUCCUUUAUUUUUGUUUGGUCCAGAUCACAAUCUCUUGUAAAAAUAUUUGAGGGCGGAAACUUAAAAGCCGAUGGUGUUACUUUAGCGAAACCGGGGGAACCUUUCCCAUGCACACAACGACGGAGGAAAAAAUCAAAAAAAAAAAAAUUAGAUUGUACGUUUUAUUUUCCAUUUGUUCGCAUUAAAAAGAAGCACUAGAAAAUAUGACAGAGGAAAGUCAGAUUCCUUCAUCCGAGAAAAAGGUCACACACAGGCAUAGAGUUCUAAACACAAUCCUUCCUAUCUUCUUAUUGAUCUUGGCAGGUAUCUCCAUUGCCUUUCAAGCUGGUUGUAAUGCGGCCUUAAAUCACUAUGGUGGCAGGUCGUUUUCUGCCAUCAUUAACUUUUCUAUUGGCGCCAUGUGUUGUCUCUUCUUCUUUAUUUUUGAUGUGGUCAUUAUCAAGACUCCCUUGCCCACCAAUCACGUCAAAACCGCUCCAUGGUACGCCUGGGUAGGUGGUAUUAUGGGUGCAUUCUACGUAAUCAUCAAUAUCCUGACCGUACCCAAACUGGGUACAGCAACCGUAUUAAGUAUUUUCGUUUGUGCUCAAAUCAUCACCGCUUGUGUCAUUGACCAUUUUGCCUUGGUUGGUGUCACAAAACGGACUUAUACUAUUUGGAGAAUUCUGGCUUCGUUAGGUUUGGUCGGUUGCGUCGUGGUCAUUGCCAAGUUUUAGUGCGCCUACUCAAUGUGGCGGCGCAAUUCCGCCACAAUACAGAAAAAUAUCUAAUUAUAACCGCGGCACAUUUGUACAUAAUAAAAAAAAACUUCCCAGUGUGAGGAAUAACAUAGCAA